AGCAUUAUAGUAAACGAGUCGUAAACAAAUUUCGGAUAUUCCAAGUUGAACAGUUAAUCCCUUCAAUUCAGAAGAUUGAAGUCUGGAAAGAAAGGGGAAAUGGGAGAAGUUGUGAUGAGCGGUGAAAAUGAAAUGGAAUUGCAAGUUCGAGAAACAGGGGUCGAAACGGAGAUGGAGAGAGUCGGUGAAAAAGGCAGAAUUAAUAAUAAGAAUGCUGCAGCUGAGACUGUGAGAUGGGAGAGGUUCCUCCCCAAAAUGGUGGUCAGGGUUCUCUUGGUAGAGGCUGAUGAUUCCACAAGGCAGAUUAUUUCUGCACUUCUCAGGAAAUGCAGUUACAGAGUUGCCGCAGUUGGUGAUGGGUUAAAAGCUUGGGAGGUUCUGAAAGCAAGACCCCAUAACAUAGACCUCAUUCUGACUGAAGUCGAAUUGCCAUCAAUCUCUGGAUUCGCCCUUCUCACUUUAAUCAUGGAGCACGACGUCUGCAAAAACAUUCCAGUAAUAAUGAUGUCUUCACAAGACUCAGUUAGUACAGUUUACAAAUGCAUGUUGAGAGGUGCGACCGACUUUCUUGUUAAGCCCGUCAGGAAAAACGAGCUCAGGAACUUGUGGCAGCAUGUCUGGAGGAAACAAGCUUCGAGCACUGCUGCUGGACCGGGACCUCCUGAUGAGAGUGUAGCUCAAGAGAAGGAUGAAGCCACUGCUGAGAACAAUGCUACAAGCAACCGUUCUAGUGGUUACAUGUCAUGUAUCCAGAGAAACAAAGAGGGCACCGAGAAAGGAAACGAUGCUCAGAGUUCGUGCACAAAACCAGAAUCAGAAACUGAAGAAGAAGACGAAGGCAAGCCCUCGAAACGUGAAAGCCCUAAGUGCCUUUCAGAUGGCGUUAGUACUCCCAGACAGGGAGAAUGCCAUCAACAAAAUCGUAAAAAAUGGGCUCGUGAUAGUGAGACCGAAGGAUUGCAAGUGGCGGCCAAAUCGGAUGCUGAUCGCACAGUGACACGAGAAGACAAGAGUUGUGAUCAUAAUCAGGAACAGACUGAAAUUUUUUUAAGAGAGGCCAUUGAUUUGAUUGGAACUUUUGAUAAUCACCUCAAAGGGACUCUUGCGACUGCUGCUUCGGUUUCUAGUGCAAACAAGUUAGACAUUUUGCCUAUGUUGGAUCUGUCUUUGAGAAGAUCUCAUCCUGUGAGUCAAGUAAAUGAUGACAGGCAUAGGUUAAACCACUCUGAUGCUUCUGCAUUUUCUAGAUACAUAAACAAGCCGUUGCAGCUCAGUCCCAGCACUUACAAUCAAUACAAUGACAUUGGGAUGAGCUCGGAGAAACCAGCUAAUUGUAGUCCUGAUGCUCGUAGCCAAACACUGACCUCACCUUCUAAGCCUUCUGUCCAAACAGGAUGGCCUGAGUUCACAUUCUCAUACUCUCAAAAUCGGGACAUAUCUCACCCGAUUCCUGUUAGAGGCGUAGGGUUGGGGAAUGUGAGUAGCACUUAUGGUUCUGUGAUGCCCUCGUCAGGGUCUCCAUCACUGCCUAGUCAAGGCGCAACUCACCACUCAGAACCCUUCCCACAGUCGAAUACUCUCUUUCAGUCGGAGCAUCAGCCCUCGACUUCUCAGCAACUACACAGCCCUGCAGACCAGAGAAACAGCAACUCUGUGGAUCAGACAGAAAACAAACAGGGUAACAGAGUGGAAGAGUUGGAGGAUCAGGGCCUUGUAUCACAUGGAACAAAUCAGAGUGCUAAUAGCAGUUUAUGCAAUGGAAAUAUGAGCCAACAUCACAGUCAAGUUUCUGGAUGUAAUGGCACGAUCAACGGUCAUGAAGAGAGCUUUCAUGUUCACGAUGGACACUCUCACCGAGCCAUGCAAAGAGAGGCCGCCCUUACAAAAUUCCGCCAGAAGAGGAAAGACAGAUGCUUUGAGAAGAAGGUGCGGUAUGAAAGCAGAAAGAAGCUGGCUGAGCAGCGUCCUCGUGUAAAAGGACAGUUUGUCCGACAACUGCCAACAGAUCAACCUGGAAGCUCGUCGGCUGGUUAGCUACAACAGGAGCAAGAUUGAACAAGUUUUGGCAAUAACAAGUAGUGUGAUGAGUUAGAAAAUUUGGCAUCUCUUAAUUCUUUACCUUGAUGUAUGUAUUAGAGUGCUGAUGUACAAGCUAGUUAGGUGGACCAACUAAUAGUGAAGACAACUGUUUGCACAUGUUUUUCUCUUUGUUUUUUUGCCUCAUCUUUGGGCAUUUUGAGGCAUCUAUACAUUAACUAAGUUGUGUAGGUUCAUAUCUGUAGUAUAAGCAAAUCAAGGUUUAUCAAAUUUGAUUUUAUCAUCA